CGUAGCUAGGCUGGGGCAACCGGGGCAUUGCCCCGGGGCCCCCGGCCAGGGGGGGCCCCCAAAUGAAGGUGGAAAAAUUGAAAAUGAAAUUAAAGUUUAUGUGAAAUUUAUUGAUUACUGUAGGGUCGUAGGGAUAUUUCAUCGAAUCAUCAAAAUGUCUUUAUAAAAAAAUAUUUAAAUAGCUUUUCAAUAUAAAAUAAUGGACAGAUAUUGUUCUCACAGAGAUUUCGUAACAAAAAUAGACAGACUAUCAAUCAGCCUGUCAGUUGUUACGCAAUUAAAGAAAUGCAGUUUGCACUUUUAGUUCACCUUACUCCCCCAUCCCCAACAGUAAUAAACUCGUCCUGACGUCGACGUGACGUAGACGGCUCCGUCUGCCGACUGCCUCUGCCACAGCUGACAGACGACAGUGAGAGUGACUACGACUAGUGAGCUAGUGACAGACAGCCCGGAUAAGGUUAUGUUAUGUUGAUGGUAAACUAACACCAAAAACUGACGUUUUGGCGUUCGUCCGUUACUCGUUUGUUACGGUGUUAAAGUGUUAUACAAUUUGUAUUCUUAUUCUUGUAUUUGUUAAAAUGAAAAGAAGCUAUCAAAGUGGGGCAAAGAAAAGGCAAGACAAGAAGAAAAGAGAAGAGGAUGCUUCAAAGUGUUCUUCCACCCUAUCUGCUUGGUUAUGUCCUACUACUAGUACUACUACAACUAAAAGUACUAAUGUCACAUCUACAUCUAGUACUGAAACUAGACCAAUAAUUGCCUCAGUCCCAGGAAAUGAGAUUGAAGAGGAAGUUACAGCUCAAGAUAACGCUGAAGAAAGUAUUGAUGAAGAAGUAACAUGCCUAGGGCUAGGGCAUCAACAAGAAAAUUGUGCCAAACCUCCAACAAGUCCUACGUCAAGCAGUGAACUGAUCGGCGUAAAUGAUCAAGUAAGUAGACAUGCCAAGUACAGAAUACUUAUAUUAUAUUUUUCAACAUAACAACAUAUGCUGUUUUAUCGCCCUAAACAUGGAAUCCCUACGAUAAAAUAUUCCAUGGUUACAUGGAAGUAAACAGUAUUACUUCCAUGUAAACAUGGAAUUACAGUAAGUCCCUAUUGUUAUGAUCAUGUUUGUAAGAAAAAAAUACUAAUGCAUUGCAAUCUACUUACAGGUGGAAUGUAGCCGGACGAAUAAAAUUAAUGAAACUUGUUUAAACACCGGAGAACCCCAUUUUCCAGACCAGAUCAUCGAUCCAGAGGUGAAAAAACGAAUUAUUGAAUUAGGACUAGGACCCUAUCAACCAGUUGGCCCAUUUCCAUAUGAUGGAAAACAAGGUAGGUCCUUUUCAGACAAUUAUUUUACCCUGAAGUCAAAGUCUGGGCUCAAACUGAAAAGAACUUGGUUGUGCUAUUCGUCCAAAUUGGAUUGUGUUUAUUGCCAACCUUGCUGGUUGUUUCCCGGACCUGUAGGAGGAUGGGAUUUAGGAUUAAGGGACUGGAAACAUUUGUCUGAUCGCAUAAAGACACAUGAGAAUUCACAGCACCAUGCUGAUUCCUGCUUGGUUUAUGAGCAAUGGCGACGUCAUGGCUCAAUAGACGAUGCACUAGAAAAAGGUUUGAAGGAGGAGCGGAAUUUUUGGAGGAAAGUUUUGAAGAGGGUCUUAGAUGUCUCCCUUAUGUUGGCAACCUUCCUUUUCGUGGAGACAGUUGGCAUAUCACUGAUAGAAAUAAAGGUAAUUUUCUAUCAUUGAUUGAAUUGCUGUCAAAAUAUGACACUAUCCUAGAAGAUCUAAUUACAAGGCCAAGUGGUACUGUUAAUUAUCUCAGUCCAACAAUUCAGAAUGAAAUUAUUUCUCUGAUGGCUAGUGAAGUGCUUAGUGGAAUUAAAGAAGAGCUUUUGAGUGCGCCUUUUUUCUCCAUAAUUUACGACACAACACAAGAUGUAAGUAAAGUAGAUCAGCUAAGCGAAGUUUUUCGCUAUGUAAAGAUUGACCAUGACCAACUCGGAAGACCUUGUGAGUUGAGAAUUUGUGAAACGUUUACAUCUUUCACAGCAGUUACUGACCAAACCGCUUCGGGGCUAGAAGACGUCAUCAUAAAAUCAAUUUCAGAAAAAGGCCUUGACAUAACAAAAUGCAGAGGACAAGGAUACGAUGGUGCAUCGGUCAUGAGUGGUGUGUAUAAUGGAGUACAAAAGAGAAUCCAAGAACUUGCACCCCAUGCCUAUUUCAUUCACUGUGCCAGCCAUAAUUUGAAUCUGGUUCUUAAAGAUGCCGUUGAAUGCAAUCGAGAAAUAGCACAAUUUUUUGAGACGGUGCAAAAUAUUUACAGUUUUUUUGGCCACAGCAUUGUUCGGUGGCAAGAACUAAAAGUCGUUUCUGGUUGUACAGAGAAUCCGAAGGCUCCUGUUCCUAAAGACAAGGUAACAUUAAAGACUUUAAACCCUACACGUUGGGCAGGGAGAUAUGAAGCUGUGUACGCUUUAAAGGAAAGGUUCGGUGAUGUAAUGAAAGCCUUAAAUAAAAUAAUUUUGACAAGCAAAAAGCCAAAGGAAAGGAAUGAAGCUGAGGGGCUCAAAAAAAGGUUAGAAUCUUUUAGUUUUGUUUUGCUCUUGACUGUCCAGUGCAAAAUAUUAGGGGAAAUAAACAUUACCUCAAAAUCCUUGCAAACGGAAUCUAUUGAUUUAAUGACAGCGUACGAUCUCCUAGGCAAUGCUUUAUUGAAAGUAACCGAACUUCGUUGGUCCUUUGAAGAAGUCUGUAGUGAAGCAGAAGAAGUAUGUUCAAAAUGGGGGAUUACGAUUACCCAUGAAUUUAUUGGCCAACGUGCAAGAAAGGUAAAAAAGCACUUUGAUGAACUUUGUGAAGACCAAAGACUGACAGAUCCUAAAAGCAAUUUCAGAGUGACAAUAUUCUUCCCAAUGGUUGAUACUAUAGUGUCACAAAUUGACAACCGUUUUAAAGGCAUGAAGCAAGUGAUUGAUGCCUAUAAAAUUGUUCACCCUUCUUUCCUGGCCUCAUGUUCAGAUGAAGAACUGCGUUGUGAAGCUGAUAAUUUUGUAAGCAGAUUUUCAGAUGAUGUAACGCCAUUGUUCAAAGCUCAGAUUUUAACAGUAAGGAAUGCUUUUCAAUCCAAAUUAAAGGAUUUCAAAGAAGUAAAAGAAGUUGCAAAUCUCCUACUCAUUGAAAACAGUUCCCUAGCAUCAACCUACCCGGAUGUACUAACAGCAUGCUUUAUGUACCUCACAGUCCCUGUGACAGUAGCCAAAGCAGAGAGAUCAUUCUCAAAAUUAAAACUCAUCAAAAACUACCUGCGAAGCUCCAUGUCCCAACAACGUCUCACUGAUUUGGCUCUUUUGUCUAUUGAAAAUGACAGAGCCCGAAAAAUAGAUUUUGACCGAAUUAUUGAUGUUUUUGCUAGUGUCAAGUCAAGAAGAAAGUCUUUUUAGUAAGUUCAGUUGCAUUCUCACUAUCAAACUAGU